AUGGCAGCAUCAUGGCUGUCCAUUGUAAUUUUUAUAACAAUAUUAUUUAUUCAAAUUUAUAGUGAAGAUACAUUUGAUUGUACAGGUUAUGAAGAUGAUUCAGUUCAUCCUGUAUAUAAUACAAAUAAUUGUCGACAUUAUUGGCAUUGCAUAUAUGUUGGUACAAAUUAUAUGCGAGCAAUUAAACGUACUUGUCCAGCUGGAACUGAAUUUGAUUUUCAAUUAAAAGAAUGUGAAAUAUCAAGUUUAGUGAAUUGUGUACUAAUUCGAUCGUUUGGUACAUCAAGAAUAAGUAUGAGUACAAGAAAAUAUAUAAAACUAUUUCCACAUACACAAUCACUAAUGACAAAAAAACAUUCAUUAGUUAAUCAAGAUAAAUCUACUAAUAUGAAUAUAAUAACACAAAAAUUCAAAGUAUUACCUAUGACUUCAUCUCAAUUAACACCUAUUUUUUCAUUUGAACAACUUAUAAAAAAAUUAAAUGCUAUACCAUUACAUUCAAAAUAUAAAUCUGUAAUAUAUACUAUUGAACCUAAAAUUUAUAAUACAACCAAUCAACCUAUAACUUCUCAAUCGAUAUCAAUUCCAACAACAACUGAAAUGUCUCCAACAAUAUCAAAAUAUAUUUUUGUAACAUCAAAAAUGAAUCAAAAACAUAUUCAUCAUCAACGUGAUAAUUUAAUAUUAAAUAUUUUAACAAGUCAUGAACGUAAAAUUCGACAAUUUUCAAUAAAUCAAACACAUGGUAUACUUAUUCAAUGUAAUGAAAUUCGACGUCGUCAAUUACGUGAUUUAAUUUUUCGAACAACAACAACAACAACAACAAAUUCUUUAAAACUUUUGAAUUCAUCAUCAAAAAUCUUUUAUUAUGACAUAUUGUCUUUAAAAAUAUUUAUAAUUUCUUUCUUAUUUUUACAAAAAAUAAGUGAUUAA